AUGCCAACAAGAACUUACAUUUCCAAGAAUGAAGCACAUGCUCCAGGCUUUAAGGCUGCGAAGGACCGCAUGACAGUGUUGUUGGGUGCAAAUGCUAGUGGAGACUUGAAGCCUAAGCCUGUGCUGGUGUAUCACUCUGUCAACCUGCGAGCUUUAAAGGAUAAUGUGCCAAGCCGCCCUCCCACCAUUGCUGAGCUUUCUGACAAUAUCAAAGUGCUCUUUCUACCUCCAAAUACAACAUCUCUCCUUCAAACAAUGGACCAAGAAGUAACAGCAGCCUUCAAAGCCUAUUAUUUGAGGCGUACAUUUAAGAAACUUAUUGCAGCUACUGAGGAAGGAAAUGAUAUGACCAGUGUUCUUCAGUUUUGGGAAAGUUUCAACAUCAAGCAUGCAAUUGACAUCAUUGUGGAGGCCUGGGGUGAACAAGUUGGCUUUGCUGAAGUGGAAAGUGCUGAUGUUGAGGAACUGCUCGAGUCCCACUGUGAAGACCUCUCUACAACUGAUCUACAACAACUAGUUGCUGCUGGGGAAAUAGAAGAUGCUGAAGAUGAUGAAGUCAAGGAUGUAAAACCACGAGAGCUUCCCACUUCUGUUUUGUCUUCAAUCCUGGGGGAAGUUGAUAAGCAGUUGCAGAUAUUGGAAGACAAUAACUACAAUGCAGAAAGAAGCAGGAUUGCAGUUCGUGGUGUUAAAUCUUUUUUGGCACCAUAUGAACAGCUUCUUUGUGAAAGAAGAAAGACGGCAAAGCAGCAAACAUUAGACGUCUUUUUUAAGUCAACCCCCAAGAAGCAGAAUGAACCACAGUCACAGAUUCAACUUCUUAAGGUCUCAGUUUCAAAUUCUAAAGAUCUGUUUCAACUUCUAAAGGCUUCAGUCUCAACUUCUAAAGGUCACCCGUCUCAACUUCUAAAGGUCUCAGUUUCAACUUCUACAGGAUCUAAGCCUCAACUUCUAAGGGUCUCAGCCUCAACUUCUAAAGAUCUCAGCCUCAACUUCCGAAGAUCUCAGCCUCAACUUCUGAAGAUCUCAGCCUCAACUUCUGAAGAUCUCAGCCUCAACCCUUAA